AUGGCACAUAAACUUUCCGCUGUUUGUUUAAAUGAAAUCUUUGAACAUUUAGAAGAUGAUAUCGUCACUUUGCAUUCAAUCUUAUUGACCAAUCAUCAUUUUUGUGGAAUUGUAGUCAGAAUCUUAUGGAGAGAUAUUUGGAGAUUUUAUAAUCGUUAUGGGAUGAACUACAUACGAAAUUCAUUAUCGAUCCUAAGUACCUUGAUCGCUUGUCUCCCUACUGUAUCGAGAUGCUUUUUACAGAUAAAUGGAGUAAAUCUUCCGGCGCCCACGCCAUUCUUUAAUUAUAUCCCAUUUAUUAAGGUCCUUUCCUUAUUCAGGAUUGAUCAACUUAUUGAAGAUGUCGUGGUAAAUCAACGAAUUAAUACAUUACAAAGCUUAGAUUAUAGCAAACAUUUGAUAGCUCAGGAAUUACUAAAGUCUUUUAUGAAAGAUAUCCCAUCUCUAAAGUCUUUGGAUAUUUGUUGCGAUUUUUCGACAAGAAUAGUUCAAAAUAUACCCUUUUCAAAUUUUCCAGGGGCAACAAGCUGUUUAGCAGAUUUGUCAAAUUUGAAAUGUAGUUCAAAUUCAUUAAUACCUCAAACCUUUCAGAAUAUCCAAUCAUUAAAUAUAAAGUUCAUCGAAAAGGUUUCAAAUAGGUUGAUUCAAUUAAUUAAUUCACAGCAUCAAUUAAAUCAUUUAGAAUUAAAUGCGUACCUGAUUAAUGUGGAUUGGUUUAAUAUCAUACCAGCAUUAACAAAGCAUGAUAACACGUUGACCAAAUUAUGUAUUCAUAGUAAUAACGAUGUACCAUUAUCAUUUGUUUCAUCUUUCAUAAAUUUACAAGAACUGAUCAUUUCCAUUCGAGUUCCAUUUGAUGGAUUCAAUGGAUUGAAGUAUGCUAGCUUUACAAAGUUACGAAUCUUCAAAAUUCCUCAUGAAGUUCCAAAACCUGAAAUGUUAAUGAAAUUUUUGGAAAAUAAUGGAAUGAACUUUGAAGAAUUCAGUACAAGCGUAAUUUAUUCUGACAAAUCAUUAAAUAAAUCAUUAGUUCGAUUCUGUCCGAACCUUAAGAAACUUUCCAUAAAUUUUGGAAAUGAUGAAUUAGACACGUUGAAAUCUAUAUUUGAACAUUGUCAAGGUUUGGAAGGUAUUAAGAUUUGGUGUCAAGAUGACCAUAAUCAUUUAAAUGGAAGAAAUUUAUUGGAAAUUGUUGUAAAUCACGCACCCAAAAAUUUUUACGAGCUAAAGAUAUACAUGAACAUAACACUACUUCCAAGUGAAUUGGAAACAUCCCUUAUAAGUUGGAAGAAUCGGACACCACAAAAAUCAUUAUCUUUGGUUGUUAUUUUUGAUGAAUUUAGUUUAGUAUUUAAAGAAGAGAUCUUACAUAUGAUUGAAAAAUAUAAGGAGUUGGGUACUAUUAGGAAAUUUGAAAUUAAAAGAAUCGAUAAUGAGUUAGAGUAA